CAUUGAACUCUUCAAACUUCUCAAUAUUUCAUUUUUCUAAACCAUUCUUAGUUAUAUCUAGAAGAAACUCAAAAACUUAGUAAAAUGGAUCCGAAUAUGAUGAUAGUAAAAACCCUAUCAGAGACCGAUUGUUCUCAUGAUAAUAAAUUGAUUUUACCAAGAGAUAAGGUUGAGAACAUAGUAAGAAGCACGGGAGUUCCAGUACCUCGAAUGGGUAUUCAAGUAGAAAUUCUAGACAAUACCAAUUCCUAUUGGGUAAAUCUUAGACAAAGCCAAAGAGGUUAUUUUAUCGGACGUGGGUGGGGAGAACUUAGAGAUGCAAGAAAUCUUAAAGCAGGCGAUGUCAUCAAGUUAUAUUGGCAAAAUACCAAAUUUAUAUUUUCUAUGUAAUUUUAUUUUAUUUCUUUUACCGGGAAUGUUAUCUUACAUUCAAUUCAAUUUCUUAAUAAAUCUAUUUAACUA